AUGAUUUGCGACGGGCUCAGUACUCGCGACCUUGCCUUGUUAAUGGGAACAUAUCGCGACGCGUACUGGUUAACAAUACACCGCUUCGCGCAGGAGUAUGUGCAUCAAUUGGUGAUUAUGACUCGCAAGCCGUAUUUGGGGAGCAGUGUGAAUUGGGAGUGGAGCAUGGCCAAGCAUGUGAAGAAAGCGAUGGAUAUGGCUGUUAUUAAACGGUUCAGAGAUGGUUUGGUGUUGAGGUUGGUGAAUUGUCGGUCGUUUAUUAUUUCGCCGGUUGGGAAUGCACAUACAGAAGAAGAGCAAGAUAGACAGUUCAAUCUUGAUGAUGCGGCUUGUAUCCUGCUGGAUAUAAUCGCAGAUGCCUCCUUACCUAUCAAGAUUCUCUGGUACGGGGCAGAAUUGAAUUACACAUCCGACAUAAUGAAUAUAUACCGAUUACCCAAAGCCCUUUUUAGCAACCCCGGAUUCAGAGCCGGAUGGAGCGCUCUCAAGAAUCUGCAUCUGGAACACGAACCCACGCCAUCAAAUUCUUCAUUCCUCAUGGCUGUGAUUCUGCACGCUCCGAACACACGCAAGCUGUAUCCCAGUCUUGGACUGAAGGAUUUGGCUGUCGAAUUCUUCUCCCAACUUAGCAGAUCAAGCAAUCUGCCGAGUAACCUGGAACGAGUGACGUUAUCAUUCACGGCCAUCAAAGCAGAUGAUCUCAUAACCAUCUUGUAUCAAUCCCGACAUAGUCUCCGAUGA